CAUGCUGAUGUAGAUCUGAAUAUCACAUGUUGUUUCUAACAUGUUUGGAGACAUGUCAAAGAAGUGACAACAAGGAAAUGACCCACUUAAAACAAGGGGAGGUGUUUGACCUUUGACCUCCAACCAGCUGGAGAUGGAAACAGACAGCUGACAGUGUACAGUGUCUCAGCUGAAGACGAACUCCUAGCUUUCUUUCUCUGACCGACCGACCGACAACAUCGUUCGACAUGGACAACACCGACAACCUGGUUCAUCCCAGCGUGGAAGCUGUUUUAAAGAAACUCGAUCCAGAGGACGGCGAGCAGAUCAUGGAGUAUUUUAAAACUCACGCCAUGCUGGCGAGAGAGAAAGCACUGUUGCAGGCAUCGGUCAGAGAUCAGAAGAAGCUGCUGGUGGAAAACAGCAAACUGAAGAAAGACAUCGAGCAGCUGAAGAAUCAGCUGCAGGAAAAACAGAGGCGACGCAUCGCCAAGGCUUUGUUCUCCACGCCUUCUCCAACCCGUAGCCCCGCCCCCACAACGCAACCUCCCUCCACCGCUGGAGCAUCAGCUGCUGUUCCAACAAAUCCUCCUCCCCCCUCCUCUUCCUUCUCACAUGACCGGAGAGAGAGGCAGAGCAGGAGGAAGAGAGGAGAGAGGAAAGCUCGUCCCACCUGUGACUUGCUCUCCUUGGGGGUGGAGCCUCAGGUUGACGUGUCACGACUGGACCUGCGGGUUGGACGGAUCCUCGGCGUCCGCCACCACCCACUGGCCGAGGAGCUGUCUGUCCAGGAAGUGGACGUAGGGAAAGCGCCGCCCGAACUGUCGUCAGCAAACUGGGAGAGAAAACAGACCUAGAGGAGGUAACGCACG